AUGGCUCACAGCUGUUUCUUAGCGCACCAUCCUGGCAUGGUGCUCUCCAGGCCUUUCGCUUGCUUCGCCUGGGUUGCCCUGGCGGCUGCGUACGGUGCGGUUCUGCAGAGCGUUGAGGUCGACUCCAGUGCGGAGUUGAACCCGGAGGAGGUGGGCCACAAGAGAUACCGUGAGAGAGCUGGGACGCCCGCGGCGCUGCUUCGUACGGAGGCCCGCGGCUCGGCGCAGGGCGGCUCCGAGGAGGUCGAAGCAAUCUUGGACCGAUUGGAUGCAGACGAGGCAUCCCAUGGCACGGAACUGGCAGAAAAGGUGACAAAGAAGAAAAAGAAGAAGGCCCGUGCAAAGAAGUGCGUCGGCACACACUUGACGAACUGCCCAGCCGAUGGCUCUGAUCCUUGCAAGGCCAAAUCGGCAGGCAACUGCGUCAGCGUCUUCCACUCCUGCGGAGAGGAUGUUCUGAAGCAGUGCAAGGUGGACAAGAAAGGAAAGUGUGCCUCCGGCGGUACCACCUGCUACCUCGAGUGCAGCGGACGGGAGUUGUUCGGCGACAACUGCGAAUCCCAGCCGAAGGAGAGGUGCAAUGGGGGCUUUGUCAGUGAUGGAACCUCUGGCAUGUCUUGUAUGAUCUCGCCCUUGGAGGCCACGCGCUGUAUCGAUGCGGGCACCUGCGCGCUGCCGCAGGAGUGA